AGUUUUCCUGUUUCAGUGUCCUCUCAUCAGAAUUGACAAAAAACACUAGAUAAGAGCUGUUUUACACUGAGGAGCGAGCCGUGGAGAAAGCUCUUCCACCAUGAGAGACCGCUUGGAUGAACUCCUGCAGAGGGCUCAGGAGUUUUCUGAGGACGCAGUUGAAAAUACCAACCCUUUUUCAGGAGAGGUCGAUGAUGAUGACUCCGGGGUGGCUGGGGUCAUAGUGCCUCAGGCAGUCAUGUUUGAAGAGGAACCAAUCAUUGAGAAUUUCCUGUCUGAGGCUCAGCAAAUCAGAGAUGAUAUUGAAGUACUAGAAACAGAGGUAAACACAUGCAGAUGCGUAAUGUUUAUUGUUUGUUUCAAAGUUUUUGGAGCUCUUUUGAUGCACAACACCCCAAAACUCUGAUUGCUUCUGUUUCUGUUAUGUCUUCCUUUCUGUUAUUCUCCUCUUUUCAAUCUUUUUAUUGUGAUAAACACCGAAUCCAAUUGGAAGAAGAAAAAAAUACCGAGCUACUGUUUAUAAGACAUCCAUCUGCAUUCAGUUCAUUGAUUUAAAUUCCUGUUUGGUACUAAAAGUAAUUAUGUGAAUUCUCAACUGUGAACAGGUCCUUAAGUUUGGCCAACAGCAAAAGACCCUGGUGGCAACCAUGCGUCGUUUUAGUGUGAUGAAGAAAGAGAGCAGUAUCACUCGGGACAUUAAGCUCCAGGCUGAAAGCCUCCAUCGACGUUUAGAUGCUCUAUCAAAACAAGUACAGAGAACCGAGGACCACCAAGGACCAAAUGCUGUUACAACCAGAAUACAGCAGUCCCAGCAUGCAGCACUGUACCGCAAAUUCCAGCAGGUGGGGAGAGAGAUUUGAUCAGUAAUACCUAUCAUUAUUUCCUUCAGUGUAAUUCUCAUAUGCAAACUCUUGAUACAGAAAGUAUUUCAUGUCUCUAAAUUUCCCAGAUUUAAGUCCAGUAUAGUACAUGAAAUGAAAUACAAAUUACAAAUUUUCCAUGUUGAACCUUGCUUUAUACUGUUAAUCAUGUUUUUUUUCUUUUUUAAUAAGUGUUUGCAAUACGUCAAACCUGUCUAUAAAUCAAUGCUUGGUCUGAUCCUGAUGGUGGAAAUGGGUCAGGGGAAGCAGAAGGAAGCAUUAGCAUCAGUAUUUGCAUUUAGCUUCGAUUUCUCAGUUCACUUUCAAAACUGACUGAGUCAGAUUCCACCCUCUGUCAAUGGUAUACUGUUCAUUUCAAGUCGAGCUGAUCAGGUUCAGGCUCUUUAACUCUCAGCUUCUCCUGCAAAGAUCUCCUCUCAGAUGGCGCUAUUCUCAGUUUCUUAGCUGGUUUUCUUUUAGCAUCUUGAAAAUAGCUCUCUCCAUGUUUACGUGUAUGUAAAUGGUACUUCAAGCAGCUCCUGUUUUUGUAGUAUUGAGGAGACGAGACAGUGAAUGUGCAACUUAAAACAAAGUCAAUAAAGACCUGUUGAACCACAAAUAACUGCCUACCCAAAACCAGAAAUAUGUGAGGGAUAACCCACUAUACAGACACAGAACAUGUUUAACCUACAGUUUUAUUGCAAAUAUUUUUUUCCUUACAAUUUAACAAUAUUUGCCCAGAUCUAAAAAUAAAUAAAUAAAUAAAAAUAAAUCUGUUAUUUUGAACUAGUUUUUUAAAAUCCCGAAAUGGCGAGACUUCUUGAAGAAAGUAGUGAGAUGGCGCCCUUGUACCAUGGCGUCUUCUGUUGACCAGCUGCCUUUGAAUUUAUGUAAAAGACUUUAAACAGGAUUUGAACACUGGCUGACUUAAAGGGAUAUUCCGGCGUAAAAUUAAUUUAGGGUCAAACACACCGCAACACUAAGUUAGACAACCCGUCGAGAGAUGAAUGUUGCCGACUACUUGCUUCUCUAGUUAUACCAACUUUGGUAACGACCUCACGAUAGUAAUACACAGUGGUCUACGUCUCCACGUGCACACCUCAACCAAAAAGCUACUCUACUGUAUAGCCACAAAUGAUGCUCAGAACAGCACCUAACGUCAUCAACAGUACAUAUAAGGUACCAGCCAUAAUUCUAGCAAUCAAACAUCUUUUUAGCUUUGCCUGAUUUCUUUAGUAAAGAGAUGAAACACAACUCACCUAGGGGGUAUUCCACGAAGCUGGCUAAAGAAGGCUGGGAUAUCGCCUGUAAGCAUGGCUUGAAUAAGCGGCCACUUAGCUGAGACUUGUUCCACUAACGAGGCUCAGCUGUUUUUCAGAGACGCUUAUUCUAGCCAGGCUUAUCCAAGCCGCGGCUAUGCGCGCCUCUGUGGUACAUUAAAAGCCCUGACGUAUCAAUUGUCGACAUGAUGAGAUCAUGGAGAAAAAGGGCAGAGUGGAGUCUUUCUCAGCGUCGGAGCAAACACUCCUCAUGGAGUUGUACAAAGAGUACAAGGGAAAAAUUAAAAAGAAGGUCGUGGUUAAGUAUCGUGGACCGUUUAAAUUCGUAAGUUAUAGCCGACAAGUAUUUUACAACCGAUGCAUGUCUUGAUGCAGUCAGCCUGCUUGGCUGUCUAAUUUUAUUCCUCACUUCUGCAUAUGUACUGUAAACACUUUUUUUUUAAAACUUUUCAUCUUGUGUAUGUGCAGCUCACUCAUACAGUCUGUCAGCCUCUGUGCAGCACCUUCGCAGCAAGCAGCGGCGCCUACAGCAGCAGGGGGCGCCGUUUUGACAAGAGUUAAUACAAAACCGCUUUGCGGUGCAGAUUUAUUAUUUUUAUUAUCUUUUUUCUUUCUUUUUUGGAAGUGCUCAUGCCGCCCCCCAUGAGUCAUGACACAAAUGCUGCCCUGGGCAGCUGCCCGGUUUGCCUGUGCCCAGAACCGCUAUUGCACUGUAGGCAUAAUUCAUGUUCUUGAUGUGACAAAUAGAGAUCCAUAAUGGAUUAGUAUAGCAGCUACAGGUAAGACCUAAAACCAAAGUAGGCAAACUUAGACAAAAAGCAAAGAAAAACAUGUAUCUGGAGAUGUCUUUUUUUUUUUUAUUUUUUUUUUUAGGGAUGAUAUUGGCACAGCGCCCAUCAUUUAAAUAAGAGAGAAGACACACAUGAGCUUGUACACAGAGUAGUCAUUGUAGUGUGGCUGGUUCGUUGUGAGGACCCAGAAGCAGACACUGAGACUAAGAUCAACUCAAAGUGAAUUUUAAUGUCCAAACUCAGGAUUGAAAUGCAAACGAGGAUGUCCGGUUGGCUGGUUGUCGUGUGGGCUGGAGACACUGCAGGAAAAACCAGAGGAGACGGGAGUUAUAGAACAUGAAAAGAGUCACGAGGAGCAAAGUUCUGAUACUGAUACAAACGAGGUCGGCCAGGAGAAGCGUCUUUACCGCUAGGAAGGGUAGACAAUACUCAGGCGCUGAGACUGAGGGCUGCAGGCUUCUUAAAGUGCCUUGAUUGGAGAUGUGGAGCAGGUGUGUGGUCUCACUCAGCCUCAGCGCCGGGGGAGGGGAGGAAGCUCUGGAAGAGAGUAAAGCCAGACCUGGCAAACAGGGAAACAAAGGAAGUCCAGCCAAAAUAAAACAAGAUGAGGAGGCGUCUCACCACAAGUCAUGUCGUCAUUUGCCAUCACCUUUACAUUAUUAUCAUCAUAAUCAGAAUGGACCACUGGUGAGAGGAAGGCUUUUUUUAAUGGGGAAUUGUUGCUGUUGUCGCCUUCAGUGUUUUGGAUGAGAUCGUUUGUGCUUUUAUUCUGUUAUGUGUUGACAGUAAAUUGAGAGUCACAGAAUAAAAGAAAGAAAAUCAAAUAUUUCCAAAUAAUUACCGCUGACGGGAUCGAACCCACAGAGCAGUGAAAAAAAACACAUUUUACCUGCACUUCUCUUUACCCACUCAGCUACUGAAUUUCUCUUUUUCUUUGAGGUUGGUGAAGUAUUGGGCAUGUCUGGAUUCACAUAUUCCUAUGUUGUUUUAAAAAGCUCUCAAUUUAUUUUUCCAAACAAGAGCAUCAUUUAUUACAUAUAAAGAUGAAAUUACCGUGUGACAUGCAGUUCACAAAGCGUCUUCUGGAAGCCCGUCGGACCUUCUCUGAGACGCAGCUAUGGUUAGCUUGACUGUAAGCCAGCCUGGGACCAGGCUUGUCGCGCUGGCUAAGUUACCAUGGUUACCAAGCCACGCUAGCCCUAAGCCUCGUUUGUGGAACCGAACUCUCACUAAAAUUAGCCAAGCUAACUGAAAUAAGCCAGGCUUUGAGCUAUGCCAGCUUCGUGGAAUACCCCCCUACUCUCUUCCAGCAGCCUUUUGUUUGUAGCGAGACCUCGGGCCGAUCCAUUACCACAGUGGGGUAACGCACCUCAAGGAGGAACAACGUGUGUCUAACUUGGUGUUAUGGUGUGUUUGACUCAAACUUUAAUUAACGCUGAAAGAUUCCUUUAAGAUUCAGACACAGUUUCAAGUUGGCCAACAGAAAAUUCAUUUUAAACCAAAAAAAUAUCUUUUGAAGCACAAAAUUUCCAUACAGCAGUGACAGUCAUGUCUCUGAAUAUAACAAAGAGGCAGAAAUGACAAAAACACAGUAACUUGCUGCCCACAAAACAAAUAGAUGAAACAGUAGUUGUGCAAGAAUGAGCAAACAAAAGACACAUACUAACUCACAGUUUGAUCAGCUCGCUUUGCCAUCUCUCUUUUUAAUGCAUGCAUUUAGCUCUAUUAUAUCAGUUUUAUGGCUCUUAAACCUAAAUGACAAUGAAGUUAAAAACUAAAAAACCCUAUAUCUUCCAUAUUUUUUUUAAAAUUUACCUCCCCCUCUCACAUUUUAUUCCCUCUUUUGCUGUGCUAAUGUCCAGGUAAUGCUACAGUAUAAUGAGGGUCUGCUGAGCAAGCAGGAGCGCUGUAAGCACUUCAUUAUCCGGCAGCUGGAGGUAUCGGGGAGAGAUGUGACGGAGGAGGAGGUGAAUAACAUGGUGGCCACAGGACAAUGGGAUGUCUUCAAUGAGAACCUGCUGAAUGAUGCCAAAAUCACACGUUCACAGCUGUCUGAGAUUGAACAGCGACACAAGGUGAGGAUGAUAGCAAACACCCAGGGCUGUACCAAAAUAAGCUCAUAAAGGGGAGGUUUGUUUGAUGGUCCUGAGGCCUCAGAGGCCACUGUUUGGCAACAUUUUAUAACUUUUACUAAAGAUUCUUUCCUAAAUUUCUGGUUUAACAUGUACUUGUUCCUUCUAUUCUUAGUGUGACACUUUAAAGGCCAUAAUUUCUUUGGUAUUUACAUACAAUUCAGACAUAGUUGAUUGUAAUACUAUGUCCCUAAUGUCCCUAAACUAUGUCCCUAAAGCCGCAUUCAGACCAGCCGCGACCUGACGCGACUUGGCGACGGCUCCCAAUGCAAAGUCUAUGGCCAGCCGCGACCUGACGCGACUUGGCGACCGCCGGCUUCCUGCGACGCGACCAUGCGCGACCGGGCGACCGGUCGCCAAGGCGCGUCCCCGAGGUUGCGUCGCCGAGGUCGCAGGACGCCAAGUCGCGUCGCUCCCAAAGUUCAAAUAUUUGAACUUUGGGAGCGACUUCGUGCCGCGACAGCCAAUCAGGGCUCUGCUGACGUCAACAAACCGGCGAAACAAGGAAGAGGAGAAGAAGAAUCACAAUGGAGGAGCAGUUAAUCACAUCCGUUAGCUACCACCCAGCUAACUGCCCCUGCUUGCUAGGCUACAUGUUUCAACGUAUGUGUGUGUGUGUCUUUGCAGUGGAUGUGUGCCGCAAGCGGUGGAAGGGGCUUAGAGACGUUUAUAUGAGGGACAGACAGAUAGACAGGCGUUCCGAAGCUGAGAUGGAGCGCCUGUAUUUCGUGUCCAGGCGGGAGAUGCUGCUUCCCACCUGGGCGAGGAGGUCCUCGAACUGCGCCGUCGACACACGGAAGUACCGCUGGAAGCGACCGUCGUCCAGGCGGAGUUCCUGGAGCAAGCGGUGAAAUUCACCCAGCUCCGUCCUCCUCCGGAUGGUUUCAUGCACCCAUAAACGCCGGCGGCGUCUACUGCGGAUGUACAGAUAUGCGGCAGCACUGAUGAACUGAAAACUGAGCUAGUGACAUGGAUGACGUCACCGGCGACCAGACGCGACCUGCGACUGCAACUUUGGACCCGGUGUGAACACACCAGAGCACCACGCGACGCGACCUGACCGACCAACGCGACGCGACGCGACCUGGUCGCGUUUGGUCUGAACGCGGCUUUAUGCUCAUGAGUCUUCCUCAGUUUGUACAUAUGUCAUACAUUGUCAGAAGAUGGUUACUUUAGAAAUUAAUAAAAAAAAAUAUAUAUAUGCCAUUCUUCAAAUCUUUGAAUACUAGGAUUCAUGCAUGCUUUAAACAAUUCAUCAGCUGUUUUUGGCCCUUUGUUUGGAAGGGAGGCAUACACUGAGAUGUGCAGAUUUUUUAAGCAUGCUCGGUAGUUUUCAAGUAAGAGCCUGGGAGCACUGUCACCAGUUACUCUGUCAUCCUGCAGUUAUUGUUCCAUUUACAUGCUCCUUAAUGUGAUGUUUAUGGUUUCUUCUUUUCAGUUCUUUCUGCCCAAAAAUUCUGUGUGAUGUUCUUUCUGCACUCAAGAUAAAUAACUCAUGUUUGUUGCUUAUGGUUAAUGCAUCUCCUUUUUCAAAAGCAUACUUAUGUCAACUCUUUUGCUGUUACUAUUUAAUUGCACAUUUUAAUUUUUUAUUCUUGCAUGUGUUGCCUAAAAUCCUUACAAUAUGGUAAAUUCAUGUAUAAGGUGCUAAAAACUGUUACCAUUACUCUGGUUUGUCAUGCAAAACAGGUAGUGUGCUGGUCAGUCAGUAUGUUUACAUGCACAGAUAAGUUUAACUAUGGUUAUAGCUUGGUUAGGUGAUUUAAUUGGACCACUGUCUUUAUCUCAGUCUAACAACACUGAUCAGGAAUCAAAUUAUCAACAGAGGCAUAUUUGCCUUUGCUGCAACAGGUUGUGACAUGCACCUUUGCAGCUAGCUACUAUUAGGUUGUUUCCUGGUAGACAUAUUACUAGCAAAACUAACGUAAACUAACAAGGUAUUAUUCACCAUCCAGCCUUUUAGCAUCGAAUCUGUGCUUUUCCCAUUCCCAGCUCAACACUCUGCAGUAUGAACAGAACACUUAGGCCAUAAGCAUGGAGGAUUGAUCCCCAGGUGUUAUGCAGGUGUGUUAGUUUGACGAUGAGGACUGUGAUUAUGUGCAAUUCCAGUCAUGCUUAAAUGUUUAAUUGUCUUUUAAAAGUCCAGUUUCAGCUGGCCUAGGGCAAUGAAACAAUUUGAUGAACAGCAUUUAGACAUACAAGAUGAGUCUGCAAUGGACCAAAAAUAUUUAUUUGGAGAAAGAGCUGCUAAUUCAGAAAAGAUGUGCAUGUAUCAAAACUUAUCAAAACUUUAAAAAAACUUUAAAAAAGCAUUUUGAGGAACAUGCUGCAUAUACUUCUUCUACUACUGCUACUACUACUACCACUAUUAAUUAUAACAACAACAAUAAUAAUAAUAAUAAUAAUAAUAAUAAUAAUAAUAAUAAUGAUAAUAAUAAUAAUAAAAACUGUAGUAAUAUAUUAUUGUUAUUAUUAUUAUUAUUAUUAUUAUAUCUCAUCAUCAUCAACAUCAUAAUAAUAAUUAGCCUUCUGUCUCGAAGGAGGCUGCUUUUGCACAGUACUUUGUUCAAUUCUUUCUCCAGGUCCUGUUGUUCACAUGCUUAAGUGUCUUUGGACAGGAUCCUGACCUCAAACUCCCUUCAGGGUAGUCGCAUACUACUACUACUACAUACUGUGAAUGGGCUUAGUACUGAGCGGUGCUUUGCAUGGAAGCCUCUGCAAUUAAUGUGUGAGUGCGCUGUGAGUGAGCGAAUAUGAUAUGUCAUGUAAAAGUGGUCUGAGUGGUCAGAUGAGCAGAAAUUAUGUUCUAUAAUACAAGGCCUGUCUUCAUUUUACAUUUUAGCCAUGCUAAAUCCAUUCUUCGAAGUGUGAGAGAAAGGUAUGUGUUAUUUCAGGUCAUGUGUGCAGUGACCCAGCUGUGUUCAGUUAUAUCAUUCUUUCAUUUUGAUUUCCCACUCUGAAGGAGUCAGGAGCUGCGUCCGAAUUGCCAAGUAGUAGUCGAAGUAGUAGUCGAAGUAGUAUCUAGCAUGUCCGAAUUGGCCACCGGAGCGAGUAGCAUGCUACUUCAGAUACUACUUCAGAUGCUAGACACGCCCACAUUGUAGGUUGGCCUCGGUGCAUCCUACGGGCAUGCUACUGACCCAAAAUGCACCGCGGGCUUCUUCUUCGUCCUCUUAAAAGUUGUAGAAGCGCAUGUGAUGCUAGCGCCACCAGCUGCUCUGCCUAUUUAAAAGUGUCGCGAACGCCGGCUGGCCACAGCAGCGCGCACCAUGUCGGAGCAGCAGCAGCAGCAGGCGGGACAGCAGCAGUACAGAUGUAAGUUUCAUGUAACUUCACACACUGUCCUAAAAAAUGUGCGGUUGUAUCUCUUUGUCAUGUCAUGGUGUCAUAUUUGCCCAAGUAAUCAUUUUAUGAGCAAGUGGCGACAUCAUGGAGGUAAAGCUCACUUAUUCCAUCAUUAAACUGCACAGCUGCAGUACUACAGCCAGGCCCGCAGAUGAGGGGCUUCAGUUACCACUGUCUGCACGGGCGCAGUACCUACUCUCUGCCUGCGGGGGUCGUCUUUCCCCACCGCUCGUCUAGUGUGUCCGAAUUGGGCCAACGUGUUUAGUAUGUAGGAGUAGGAUCUAGCAGUAGCACGUAGCAGUAGCAUGUAGUAUCCGAGCGGGCAGUUCGGACGCAGCAUUUGACUCUUCUCCAUCAUACUAAUCCAGUUCCACCUCUCUACCAACAGGAGCUCUUGAACCUUGAGAACAAUAUAAAGGAGCUGAGAGACCUGUUCAUGGACAUUUUCAUGCUGGUGGAGGAGCAAGGAGCCUACAUUGAACACAUCCAGACCAAUGUAGAGAGGACACAGGAUUAUGUGGCUGCAUGUAAUGAGAAAUUCAAGUUGGCAGCCAGAUACAAAAAGAAGAACCCACUAAGACAACUGUGCUGCUGCUGCUGCCCUCCAUGGAGAUGCUGCUUAUAGGACAUGUGCAUGAUUACCAUGGCUGUCUUACGAAACAGGGUUUCAAAAACCUCAGUUACCUGAUAGGUGGGUGGAGUGGAUUGAAGACGCAUUAAAGUGGAGGUUAUGGGUCUGCAGGUUUUGAACAGUGCAGUGGUGAAGACAGAUUCACCAGAGCAUGGAAAACAAUUAGGGGGAAAGGCCAGAAUUGGUAUUUGAGGCACUUGUUUCUUUCAAGAGGAUGUGGAGGACUGCUAUUGAAAGAGACAGUUCACUGAGUGCUACUCACCAACACUGCUGUUUAUUGGAGACCUUCACUGUCAUCUGACAGAGGUCACAAACAAGGCGAGUGCUCUGCCCCUGCCACUGCCGCAUCAGCAACACUGAUAUUUCACCCGUUUUUCAAAAGACUCUUUUUCCUGCUGCUACAGAAGCUGGAGUUGAUGAUCAUUUAUUUUUUAUACACCGUACGUGCACUUUGAGACUGUUUUUCUGUUUUCCUUUCACUUCAAGACAAAUUUCACAAAGUGGAGACAGAAUGUUUUUCUCCAUGAUUUUAAGACUUUACUCUGCAUUUCAUUUUGGACCACACGAAAAAAGGAGAGCUGCCUUAACAAUUACUCAUUAGUAGCAUUUGCAUUUCAAAGUACGAUCAUGUUCAGUGAGGAAAAUAUUAUUCCUUUAUUCCAUUUCUCAAAAGCUGGGAUUCAAGAGAAACUUUGAAUAACAAGCCUUGAUCAAAAUGUUCUUUCAAGGAAGAAAACUGUAAAAAAAACGAUUAAUAAUUAAAUAAUUAAAUGAGUAGUAAGAUGGUAGUUUUGAAGUCAUGCAUUUCAGGAAGUAUCUGAUUCUCAGUGUACUUUGUGCUUUGUACUAGAAUUUCAGUGUCCGGUUCAGUGUUGUAGUAUCUGAGUCUAUAUUUCCAGAACUCUUGACCCAUCUGGACCUCAGCCCUCAUAACCCUGACUCACACUGAAACUGUUUUGUUAUGUUUGUUCAUUUUUUUUAAAAAUUAAUAUAUAAAGUCCUGGUUAUUUAUUUUGAUUCGAGGGAGGGCUGGAAGUGUGUUCACCCGUAUGCGCAUUUACACAGCCUGUUCAGUAAUAGCUCCUGGCCUUGAGAAAUGGCAUGAAUUGCGGGUUUUCCUCUCUAAAAUUUUGAGCCUAAUGCAAACAAGGGCCAUACGACAAGUUUAAUAUGUGAAAGAACAAUUCAGGCAAACAUGGGCACAAGCUUAAACUUUGGACUGACAUCUGUCCAGGAUGCAGCCUGAACAGUAAAGGAGAUAAGUAAGACUGUUGAUUUUGUUGCUGUUUGUGAGAAAGCAGUGAUGUGAGAAGUUAAAACAACUCAACCACUGGGUCCAAGCUGUUUGGUUUGUUGAAAUUCUUACUAACAGAGGGUUAGCAGCAGGUGUUUUUGAGAUUAUUUAUCACCUGCAGUGAUCCCACAAAAGUAGAAACCAUGAGUACAUCCUACUGAGAGAAGUGCUGAGGGCUUUUACAUGGACACACAACACUGUAACUUUAAUGAUCAUCUCAGUUUGUGAGACAUUAACUGGAUCUGUCAGUAACUAAUGUUGAUAAAAGGAAGAAAAACUGAGAAUAUGCUGUAUGAGUGCUCAGGAGACUCACACCUGUCAACUUGGGUUUAAAACACCAGCUCGUGUCCCUCCUUGGAUUAGGACUAAGACAGUUGUGGAUCAGUAGUUCAUUCCCAGAGUUAAAACCACCUGUUCUUGACUUGUCUUGACUUUCAGGCAGAGGUGCUCUCCUCCAGUUUCUGACUGACAGCAACAGUGAUCUUCUUUAGUCAGUCAGUGACCUGUAGUAUCUGGUGUACAGUACAAAAUACAGGUGAUCCGGGUGUGCACCAGCCAGACUGGAAAAUCCUGUUUGUCUGCUAUUCCAGGUACGCUUGACGGUGUUGUUUCCCCCAGGAACAGGGUGUGUUCAGGACCGUUAACUCCAAACACAAAAGUAAAAGGAUAUGGGAUGUGGGAAACAGUUUGAUUUGUCAUACAAAAAAAACAAAAAAAAAACAGCUGAGCAUUUGAACCUAGUUUGAUAUAAUACUGAAGUGACUAACAGAUGAACUAAAACAACAUUCAGAGGUAUAGUGAGGUACGUAGUUGCCACUGCAGGCUUUGACAUGAGACACACUGAAAAAACACACUUUCCAUCAGUAUGGUGCUUUAUAUAGAUUAACUCUUAUUAACACGGCUCCCUUGUGUCUGGCAGUGAACCAGGAUGACAUGUGUUAGUGCUGGAUCUUAUCUCCUCUGUUGUAUAUCAGUCUCACUCUGAUUGGAGUGACAUUUCAGAAUCAAGACGUAAAUGCGUCAAAUAUGUAAAUGUGGGUAUGUAAAUCAAAUAACAAUACAUUGUAAUGCAGCACAGCAGCACACUCUCUGCCAGCCCUAGUUAGGACAAAUGAGGUAGUGCUGCAAAUUGGAGGGCUCUUGAACAGCAACAAUGCCAUCCAGUGUUCAGUGAGGUAAUUGCCAGUUAAAAAAGACCUAAUGUUGGAGACUUUAGAGGGAUUUUAUCACACACACGUAUGAGCGUUGCAAGUGUUACAUGCAAACACAGAAUCACAAAACAAGGAGACAUCAAAAAUAUGAAAAUAAAGAUAUUGAAUUAUUUGGUAAAUUAUUUGGAACUGUUAGAAAAUUCUUUUGGUCAUCCUAGCUCUAAGCAAAGGGAUAAUUCAUCACAAUUCAAAGAUUACGUUUUUUUAAGAUACAGACACAGCUCAGCUUGCCUCCAAGCAAAAAGUCACUUCUGCUUGACAUAAAGAUGAAAAUAUCAUGAAAUAAAAUAGGUGAUAGAUACAAUAAAGAUUUUAUUUUUUUGUAAACGGAUCCUUUUGCGCUUUAUUUUUCAAUGUCUACAAAACCAUGGAUGAAGCCACAGCAGAGAGCAAACCCUGUGUCUGAUCCAUCAUGACAGGUGGAAAGGCAGCUCGAUGAGAACAAAACUCCAAAAUGAAGUCCAGUAGACUUUCUUUAAAUGAACUUAAAGUGGAUCAGGACGGAGCUGGGAGUCUUGGAUGACCUAAGAGAAGCCUCAGGGGGUAAAUACUAGCCGUCCUUGAGAACACCAGGCCAGACUGGAGACUGCAGAGUGCUCAGUUCAGAAACCUUUAACGUCUGACCCUGAGGCAGGUCAGCCGGAGUCACCCACAUUUCACCUCUCCAUUUCACCCACAACCUCCUCUCUCUCUGUCUCUGUCUCUGUCCUUACUUUCUUUCCCAGCAGCAGCUUCCCUGACAUUCAAGCCUUUCUGCUCUCUGGGAGCUGUCCUGUCCUACAACAGUCUUGUAAUGUUUAUAGGUUCCACGGUGGAUUUAUCUUGUUUACCCCCAGCUGCAAAGUUGUUAUCCCAUAUUUCAUCUGAAACCACCUUGCCCGGAGCCAAUCAGGAGUUUGUCCCGGGUCCUUGGCUAGAUAGAUUUGACAUUUUACUCUUAGAUCAUUUCGGGUUUUUUUUUUGUUUUUUCAAUAGCGAUUCUACCAACUCUGCAGACACAGACUCUGUAAGGUAGCUCUGAAAGUUAACUGUCUAAAACAUUAACUUGCUUCAAUGUUUCCUGAGUGUCUCUUUCUUUUUUCAGACAAAGUACAUCGAUCUGUGAUUUACUGAUGAUGCACAUGUGUUCUUGUUGCUGAGUGUGUCUGACAGAGAUGUGGUGACGUCUGUGUGUUUUUGAUAUUUCUUUUAUCUACCCUGUCACUCAGCAGUGUGAUCCCAGAGACACUCUCCAAACGUCUGAACACCAUCAAAGCAGCCUUCCUGAGAGUAACAGCAGCUGUGGUUAUAGAGAGCUGACAUUACUUUACUGCCUGGUUUUAUCACUCCCAUCAAAACCUGAACACAGAGAUAUUAGGACCCCCAGAAAGUGAUAAAUCACAAAGAGGGUGAACAGUGAGCCUGACAGCAGCCUUGGGAGCAGGAAUACUCAGCAGUAAUACAAAGGCUACAUAGAUGCAUGUAGAGUACUGGAUAUACACAAUAUAAACACCACACCAUGACUCAUCCCCCUAUAUUCAACGGCAGGAGCCGUGUAGAUGCUGUAAUGUUUGAUUCUAGCUCCCAAAGUUUGAAUUCAAGAUAAUCUGAGUCAAAAAGACAACUUGUUACACCUGAAAAAGUGAAACCCUGAGUCUUUUUUAUAACAGCAACUGUGAGCUUUGGAUAUAAAAACAUGUUUGAUUCGGCUCGGAAACCAUGUACUGUCUAUGCUGUCAAUGAUAUCAAAGACUAGAGAAGUCCACUGAAGGACCCUGAGUGUGAUUUUGAAACAGAUUUUUGUUUCCAUGCAACUUUUUUCAAGAUCACUUUUUGCAGGAUGCAAAGUGACUCAAUAAAUUCAUUUGCAAGCACUGAAAAUAACACAUUUAACUUGAUGACUCAGUUUGACCACCAUUACCAAAGCUGGUCAGAUGGACUAGUUUGGCCUAACCUGACAUGAUAUGAGCUCUGAGGUGGCUUUAAAUGUUUGAAAGAUGUAAAUAUGCACAAAGUUAAACUCUUUUGAUGUACUCACAUGUCAACCUAAAUAUGAAAUGUUGUUCAUAGUCAUUUUGCUCUGGGAUCUUAUUUAGUCCUGGCUGUAGAGAUUUUAAAACCAAAUUUCAGCAGGUGAUAUGUAUCUGUUUGCUCAUCCUGCUCCAGUGUCUGCUACAAGUAUCAAACAUUAGGACAGAAAAAAAAAAACAUGACGAAAAAACAAACUUUUGAUGUUUGCUAAACUUUACUAGCAGGUUCAGUCUACACAGGGUCAGUUACAGGUGAGUGCUGAAUUUGUACUCAGCAUUUUCAUGGGAAAUCUGAUCCAAACAAAACAUCAGCAUAAAACAGAACUAGUCUUGUUACAGAUAAUCUCGCUUUACUUUGUGAUGCAGGUAUAAGAAUAAGAGUGAGACUAUUUCAAAGUCAGCUCUAUAAUUUGCAAAGUACAUUUAAGCUUCUAAUCCCAAAUAUAAUGGUUUCUAAAGCUUCAAAGUUUUUCUUUGAGUGUUUUCAGACAGUUCCAAGAACAAUUAUCAGCUUGGCGUAAAUAGCACAGUAGAAUUAAGAAAAGAAAAAAAGUCUUCAGUGUUAAACAAAAUCUAAACAAAUACUAGAUCUUUCCUUUUUUCUAUUUUAUUUUAUUUUAUUUUUGGAGUUGCUUAAUGUACAUACAGAAGGGGAUAUAACCAAAAGUGCAAAAGUAUAUGCAAUAUUUGACAGUGAUGGAUGAUGUGUAUAGUAGCACAAAAACUGUAAUAAACUUUAGGAUGUUAUUAGCGUCUUUGAACUUGCUGUCAUGUAAAAAAUACGACACAUCCAGUCAGAUACCAACCCCAUGGGUCCUGAAUCAAGAAUUGUUCAAACUCUGCAGUCUUUUCAGAAAGUUCUGUUGAUCAGAGUAAGACUUAAAAAGCUCUUAUUUUGCCAAUGGAUGUGUCAAAGCUCGCAAAGCCUGGAGCUUUUUGCUAUUUUUAACUUCUUGUAAACAGUAUUUGCAGCUCUGACUGUGCUAUUCAUGUGAGGACUCUUUUAAUAACAGGCUGCUUAAGAGUGAAAGGUAAACCACUGUCUGUCUGUCUGUCUCUAGUCCUGGUUUUGUAAACCAGUUAAUGACAAAAGUUGAGCGUUAUUUAUUACCUAUCGCAGGACAAAUGUUCAGGCUUAAAUAUUGUGUCAGAGUGAUGGAUGAGCUUCAGUAAUAAGAGCUCUGGGAAGGUCCCUGCAUGUUUAACGUGUGUAAGCCAUCUGUGGCGAUCCCAUGCAGAUCGAGUGAGUGGUAAUAGACACAUAUGUGUGGAGCUGCUACACUGACUUUAAAGAUGUUUUCAUCUCUUUUUGACAGGGCGGAUGGAUGAAUGAACACUGUGUUUAAUUCUCAGCACAUGUGUAACUGGUGUAAAACAGAGGGGAGCAUUUUAAAGGUCUGUGUCAGCUCACCGUCACACUGUGGCCACUGUUCUGUGGGAACGAGCUAAUUAUUCCUUUUUUUUUACAGAAUAACCCAGACCUCCCUGGUCAUCUAUCAGUUUGGACAGGUCAUCAAUUUAUCUAUUUCUUUUAUUUGUACUGUGUUUACCUGUGAUAACUUAUUAUCUAGAUUGAAUAAUUAGGUGGGUCUCUAUUUCUUGCCUCUGCCCUGGUUCAAACAUGCUGUGUCUUUCUGAUUAGAUGAUGAAGGAUGUAAAACAACACAUGAGAAGAUGUGCCGACACUCACAGAAGAAGUGAUGCAGACUGCUGCAGCUGCAUCCCCAAAGGCAAACCUGCUAUCAUACUGCCAAUCACAUCACAGAAACAGAUUGAACCCACAGCCUGCAAUGCUUUCCUUCUGAAAAAUAAACACCAGAUUUAAGUUUUUUUCUGAUCUGAAGAGAUGAAAACUCUUGUGAUCUUGGCCUCUUAUUCAACAUCAGCAUGCAAGAUCUGAAGGUAGAUUUGAACGAUUAAAACUUCAAAACCUCAGCCUUCCAGUUGAGUACAGUACAUUACACUGACUUUGUUGUCAGUCUUAGGCACUUAGCUGUAGCUGUAAAUCACAUUCUCUAUUUCUGUCUCAUUUCUAAUGCAGCUGCUUUGAAAGAAGACAAAAUUAAAUAACUAAUAAUUAGUUUCCUCUCAAUGACCCUCAGGGAGGGAGGAAUGACCAGCAGAGGGAGCUGAUAUCCAAGUAUUCCUCUAAUUCAUCUGUUUCAGCUCAAGCUGCUGAGUUACUUACCCUAAAAGUAACAGUAAACUUCUCCAGGGUUUACACACACAGAGUGAAUAUUUUAGCUGUAAAAGGUCUUACACAGAGCAAACUUGACCUGCAUUCAGAGCCCCACCUACGUGUUUUUACUUCACCCUCCACAGCAGCUCUCUCAGCUCUUCAGUAUUCAGUAUUGAUAAAUGUUCCCAACAAUAGAAGCUGAACAGUGGGAGGGCCGUUCAGGGCACAGCUGACGCACAUGUCAGGACAGAGGAGAGGUGAAAAUGAAGUGAGACAGGGGUGAAUAAAACAUGUCUCUGAGGACAUUGCCUCAUUUCACCGCUCUUUAGAAACUGUGAGCCUCCCUGAUGGUUAAUCCUGUCACACACACACACACACACACACACACACACACACACACACACACACACACACACACACACACACACACUUGGACAUGUGCAAACAUACACUAAUAUCUCUCUAAGGGAAGAACCUGCUCUUCUACAUAUCCUCUGUUUUCACUGCAGGUCAUCCCUUUGCCCUUGUAAAAUAGCACCAAAGCUAUUAAGACCAAUUGAGCUGAUGUUGUCUCGGUGGAGUCCAGUCUAUGUAACAAGUAAUCUGAUCCCGACUCUACGCUCCACUCUACCUUGUCAUCAAACUCUACAAAAAUUGAUUAGAUGGCUCCCUAAGCUUCUUAAUGUUAUUUACUCUAUUGGAUAACUGUCUGUGCAGGGGAAACAGUUGUGUGGUCCAGUGCAGAAGCUGUAAGUGCAUUCAACACAAUUUCUGCCUUCAUAAACCAAAGUGGAGAGCUGAGUGUCUGGUCUGCAGUCCAGAUGAAGUGUUCUGCUGACAUGAAGAUAAACUGUGUUCAUGUGCAUAUACAAAAACAGUCUACAGAUACAUUAACUAUGUCACCUUUUUCAUAAAUGAUCAUGGAUUUGGUGGUAACGCCUGAGACACACUUAUCAAACAGUGGCCACUUGACUUGGCCAUAAUAAAAAUUAAAAUCAGGUGUUUUUUUUUUUUUUUUUUUCCCCCCAAACUUACAGUAAAUUUGUAGCCUGAUACAAUGGAGUAUUAGGGCCACAUUAAAGUAAUUAAUUUACAAAAAUAAAGUAAUUACUUAUGAGAAUAAAGUCGUAAUAAAAUAAUUACUUACAGGAAUAAAGUUGUGGCAAAGUAUUUACUUAGGAGAAUAAAGUAAUUACUUACAAAAAAUAAAGUUGUAGCAAAGUAUUCAAUUACAAGAAAAAGUCCUUAUAUUCUAAACUGAAGUUUAAGAUGAGAGUUGUUGAAAUGAGAGCCAAGGAGUAUUUUGUAAAAAUAUACUUCAGUAUAGGUUUCUCAAACAUUGAUAUUUUGGCAAAUCAGCACCACAUUAUCACAAGUAUUACAAUGAUUUUAUAAUGACUUUAUUCUCAUAAGUAUGUAAUGAUUUUAUUAUGACUUUUGUCUUGUUAGUAAUUAUUUUAUUACUACUUUAUUCUCGUAACUUAUUACUUUAUUACAACUUAAUUCUCGUUAUUAAUGAUUUAAUCUCGUAAAUUAACAACUUUAAUCACAAAGCCUCCCUUUUUUUUCUUAAUGUGGCCCUAAUACUCUGUCGUAGCCUGAAAAUCUGACAAAAUUGUAAAAUAAUAAUAAUAAUAACAACAACAACAACAACAACAACAACAAAAACAAUAAUAAUAAUAAUAAUAAUAAUAAUAAAAAUCUUGUGGGGUCUUUUUAAGCUACUUUGUUCCCACAAUUGAUAAUACUGAUUUAACAUCUUUUUGCUAAGAAAUAACAUGUGGGAUGUAUUUAAAGAGAACAACAGUAAAUGUCAUAAAACAUCACUGUCUCUGCGUUCAGAGUCACACAGUUCUGUUACACUUAGAGAAAACAGCUGUGAUUUUAGUGACUCCUGCAUCUGUUGUAUCUGCUUGUACCAUCAAUCUGCUGAAGUCAGGAUGUAUUGUCUAUCUGUCAAAUCUCAUUUGGUUUGAAUAAGGGAGGAGGGCGGUCUGAGUAAACUGAAAAGCAGAAUAAAACAGCAUAUCCGUUGUAUAGUGUUCUUCAAAAAGUCCUACCACUCAUUAUUUUUGUGGAAAUCAAAGAAAACAGUGUAAAAGAAAAAAACUAACAAAAAAAAAAACACAUCAUGUCACAUUAUGUGUCUUUGCUUUGAGCCCUUUAAGGUAGUGAUUGGACUCUCCACUAUGUACAGCAUCGCCCCAAAUAUAAAAGUUAGAUACACAAUUAAUAAUUAUCUCUUUUUCCUUGAAGCUCCAACCUUUUUUUAUUUUUUUUUAUUUUUUAGACUUGUUCAAAUAGACUGACAAACAAGACCAUCAGCAACAAGUCUGGUGAAUUUUGUACUGUCAAUUUUAAAGUCUGAAACCAGUGUGAGGGGGGUCAAACAAGUAGUUAAAGGAAAUGUCACUGUCUAUAUCUGCUGACAAACUUCUAUUUCUACUUAUCUAUAAAACAAGCGUCCCCCUCAUGACUGAGGCCAAUCUUCACUUAAAACUGCUGUACCAGGAGGAUGAGAGAUGUAGACAUGCUGGAACAAAGUGGCUCAGAAGUAUUCAACAACUGAGACAGAGCUCUGAUACUGAGUUUCAGAUAACAGUUACCAGUGCAGUAGAGGCAUGAGACAACUAUUGUUUAACUAUAAUACUGUGUCACAGAGUGUUAUGCUCAAAGUUGACAGACUAAAAAAGCCAUCUCAUUCAGAGAAAAUCUUACUGUGGUCCUCAAAGUGUUGGCCUCCAGGAAACUUAGAGGAGAGUAUGUGAGUUUUUGACUUAUUGAAGGUUUGUUUAAACCAGAGCCUCUAUCCAGUUGAAAUCCUUCACUAUAGAGGCUACACACUUGACUUUUGACAAGGAUGGAUGCCUAAUGACGAAUAAAACACAUUUUCUUUUGUUUUUUUUAAAUAAAAAAAUAAAAAUACAAAAAGUGUCCUGUAAAAAUACUUUUUUUUAUCUUAGAUUAAAUCACUUUAAAAUGUAUCAAAAAGACAGCACACCUCAUUCAAUUGAACCUGUUUCUAUUGCACUCCUCCAGAGUUCUUCAGCCUGUUUGUGUGUUUGUACAGAGUUUACAGUACAGACUUACAAUGUUUGCUCUGGAGCUUCAUCCAUCUAUCCAAUGAUUUGUCUGUCUCAUUGAUAUCAUCCCAGUUCUCUAUCAAAACAAUCUGGCUUUCCACACGGUACCUGAAGGACUCCACAGAAGCUUUUCCACUGGCUGACCGACCAAGUAUAAUGAGGCAACGCUCAAAGUAGUCUCCCCCAAAUUAAAAGCAGUGAAUUGGCAACAGCUUGAAGACAAACCAUGAAGCCCUCUCUAAACAAACAUUGAUUGAUACGAUUAUAAUCUCCUCCAUGACUUCUUUUUUUACUGAUGAAAUAUGCAGAGCGGCUCCAGAGAGGGAGCUGAGCAGCCAACAAUCAUAAAUGUCACUGGGUUAUGGAUUACAGUGGUCUCGCCCCGGUCCAGGACUCACCUCAGAGAUUGCAUAAAGCUCCUGUCUCCUGGUCAAGCCCUCAUUAGGUCCUUUGCCCUCUGUCUGACAAUGCUUGGCAAGUGUCUUCAUAAAUGUGUGUGUGUGUGUGUGUGUGUGUGUGUGUGUGUGUGUGUGUGUGUGUGUGUGUGUGUGUGUGUGUGUGUGUGUGUGUGUGCUUGUCUACAUUUAUAAGGUCAGCCCAGUCCAGCUCAGUGAUUAUGACACAAACACACAUAAAGAUAAAGUGCAGCAUUUAGGAUGAUUUACAGGACACAAGACCAGGUUCGUGUGAAACAUGUCGUAUUGGAGGCAAAGGGUAUUAUUUAUUUUUCCCAGUUAAGUUUCUUAUCUCCUUACAACAUAAUCAAGACUCAGUUUACUCCCAAACCUGAUUUUAAAC